AUGGAAAACAAGAAGCACGUUGGUUCAUCUUCAUCAUUCACUAACGAUCUGUUUGGUGUAAAGGAGUCAUCCCCGUCUUCAGCUUCAUCUGGCAUUUUCUCCUCAAUCUUACAACCUCCAUCAAGGGUUGGCACUAAGAACUGCUCGAGUCCUGAGCUCAUUGGCGCAGUGCAAAAGCAGUUGUCUGGGAGUCAGGCAAGAAACAGCGAAAUUCAUGGUGAUAUGAUUAAGAACAAGGAAGAUAAGAUAUGUAUAUUCAGUCUUCAAGUGCUCAAAUAUCAGAAUCGUAUCCAAACUACAAGAAAGAUGGAGGGCAAGAUGAUCCUAGUGGAAACAAUUCACAAGGUGCCUCCAGAGGAAAUUGGUGGCAAGGGUCACUUUAUUAUUAGUACUCUGCCUCUGAUACCUAAGGCAUGUGAAUCCAUCUUUAUUGUGUCAGGGAUUCGUUAA